CGCAGUGGGCCGGUCCUUUCUGUCAUGGCGGAAGAGCCAAACAACACGUGAAGCUCCAACUUCCAAAGGAAAAACGACCCAUCUCACGUUUAAUUCGCCUUAAAACGUCCAACAUUUUCUCUGCGGGUCUAACGAAUGGAAAAAUAAUCAACACUAAUCUUCUGGUUAUAUAUUUUUACCUGUUUAUCGUAAAACCCAAACAUCAACAUGCCUCAUCGGAAGAAGAAGGCCUUCAUCGACAAGAAAAAAGCCGUCACCUUCCACCUGGUCCACAGGAGCCAGAGGGACCCGCUGGCUGCGGAUGAGACGGCACCGCAGCGCGUGCUCUUACCUGUCGGCAAGGCGGAAGCGGAGAAGCGGCGGGAGGAGCAGCGGCAGUUCGGGAUCUUCUUUGACGACGACUACGACUACCUGCAGCAUCUGAGGGAGCCCUCGUGUCCUGCUGAACUUGUUGCCUCCGGCGCGUCUCACAGGAGUGGCAAGCUCAUCAUCACCCCAGACGGCCAGGUGGAGGAGGAGUGCCAGACCCUCUCUGCCGUCUCCAUCAACCUGCCCUCCUCUGUGUUCGCUUCCGAGUUCGAGGAGGAGGUCGGGCUGCUGAACAAAGCGGCACCCAUAUCAGGUCCCCGGCUCGACCUGGAUCCUGACAUCGUGGCGGCCAUGGAUGAGGACUUUGACUUUAAUGACCCGAACAAUGUGCUGGAAGAUGAUUUCAUUUUGAAGGCCAAUGCUGCGGGACACCCCGGGGAUGCAGAUGAGGACGAUGACGACGAGUGGGAGGACACGGAAAGCGGCGAGGAAGAGGAGGACUACAGCUCAGACGGCCCCUUCUCGGAGGACGGAGAUCGAGGCCCGCGGGAGUUCCUCUUUGCUGACGAGGAGACAAAGAGUCGCUUCACCGAGUACUCGCUUACGUCAUCCAUCAUGAGGCGCAACGAGCAGCUGACGCUGCUGGACGACCGCUUCGAGAAGUUCUACGAGCAGUUUGACGACGACGAGAUCGGGGCGCUGGACAACGUGGAGCUGGAGGGCUACAUCGACCCCCAGAGCGUGCGCCUGGAGGAGGUCAUCAGCGAGUACUACCGGCAGAAGGAGAUGGAGUGCCAGAAUCCUGACGACCUGGGGCCCAGAGAGCUCCCGACGCUAGUGGAGGAAGACGGGGAGGAUGGGGAGCAGGAGAUGGAGAGCCUUGUGGUGGAGGUUCCCACGGAGAAGUGGGACUGCGAGUCAAUUCUGAGUACCUACUCCAACUUAUACAACCGUCCAAAGGUCAUCGAGGACGUGCCGAAGACGAACCCCAUCAGGGUGUCCAGGAAGACGGGCGUCCCCCUGGGUGUCCUGCCCGACAGGGGGCCGACGGCACGCCAGGCGGAGCGCAUGGAGCGCAUCAACGACUCGGACCUGCCGCGCGUCUCCACCCAACCGCGGCCCAAGGAGGAGAGCAAGGAGGAGCGCAGGGCCAGGAAGCAGGCCGUCAAGGAGGAGCGCAAGGAGAGGAGGACCGAGAAGAAGGCCAACAAGAUGGCUUUCAAGCAGGAGAAGGCGAGACAGGAGCGUGAGCUGCUCAACCUGCGGGCCAACGUGCAGGGUCUCAAGCUGUCCUAGCCGCGGAGACGGCCGUCCCCCCGGCUGCGAGAGCAUCUGUCAGGAGCACGUCGUGCCCCUCCCCUGGCUGGGCUGCCUGCCAUGCGAUGCUUGCUCUUCCCCAGGGACUUCAGGAGACAGGACUGGUUAUUUGGAGAUUACAUCUUAAAAAAAAAUUAAAAAAAAAAACUAAUUUUGGAAAAUAUAGUUUUUUAUAUAAUGUUUUUUUUUUUGGGGUUCUUUUCCCACCUUGUUCAGGAGCACCGGGUGCAGACUGAGGUGUGGGGGGAGGGGGGGACGGAGGGACGGAGGGGGACGUGUCGUGAUGCCUUUGGUCCGUGUUAUGCUGCUUUCUCAGCAGGUUCUCGGUGCACAGCAAAGGCUCUUGGGAAGCGAUUUAGAGCUUAACUGUCUGGUCUUUAUUGUUCCUCAGGAACAAAGUGGAGUCGCAGGGACUGUUCUGCUCGGUUUAACACCUUCGCUUCUGGACUCCCGGGUUAUUAAAGGGUCUCGUAAGUUUCACGCUUUCAGCAGAUCUGUUUAUUCAGUCCUGCUUAUGAAGGGCCUAAUGGAGCAGUUGGCAAUUACAGAAUAUUUAUAUGUUUGGAAACUGAAAUAACUUCCUCCAUUAAAAGAGAAAAAAAAGCUGAA